CCGACCGCCAUAUUGAAUGACAUUUACGGAAACUCCUUCGAUAAUUAUUUCAACGAUAUUAUGUAUUAAAAAGCACAAAUCAACAAGAAAUAAUCUCUUUUAUAGAGUAGCAAAAUGCAGUUUGAUGUGCUGAUGAUCUUAUUUAGAAGAUCGGGCAUUUGAAACGACACGAAUCAACUACGAGGACUUGUAAAAUUUUUCUGAAGACAGCAGUCUCACUGACUCGAAAAUAUUCCAUAGCCAAAGCUUAGAUCGGAGGAUCUCGCAUCAAAGGAAUUGAAAACAUUGAAAGACUGAGACUUUGCCUUGUACUUAUUGGAUUUGGGACGCUAUUUAUCUUGAUCUAGUCAAACCUAACAGCCAACAUGGGGACAGUCACCGCAGACUGGCAGCUAAAGAAAAUAGAAGAGAUAGGCAGGAUGACUGCAUUGUCACAAGAGGAGAUUAUCUCCAAUACAAAGACAGUCGUCCAAGGAUUAGACACACUGAAGAAUGAGCACCAUCAAAUACUCAACAGUCUCCUCUCAUCCAUGAAAACCAUCAAGAAGGAAAAUGGCGACACAAAUCUUGUCGAAGAAAAAACAGGCAUUCUUAAAAAGUCAAUUGAGACGAUAGAGUUAGGAUUAGGGGAAGCACAGGUUAUGAUGGCCUUAGCUAGUCACUUACAACAUGUAGAAGCUGAAAAACAGAAACUUCGUGCCCAAGUUCGGCGAUUAUGCCAAGAAAAUGCAUGGCUUCGAGAUGAGCUUGCAAACACCCAACAAAAACUACAACAAAGUGAACAGAAAUCCGCAACAUUAGAAGAACAAAAAAAACAUUUAGAAUUUAUGAAUGAAAUGAAGAAAUAUGAUUCUCCAGAAGAUCAGAAAGAGAAUGGAGAAGCAGAAAACAAUAAGAAAGAAGCAGACAAAAGUAUGGACCUAGGCUUUCCAGAAGAUGAUGAUGACAACCAAUCACAGACUGGAGAUUUAUUGUCACCCUCACAGCCAAGUGCCAGUGCAAUGGCCCAGGCAGCUAGUGGGGGUUAUGAAAUCCCAGCGCGUCUCCGCACACUCCACAACCUUGUUAUCCAGUAUGCUUCCCAGGGAAGAUAUGAGGUUGCUGUCCCACUAUGUAAGCAAGCUUUAGAAGACUUGGAGAAGACUAGUGGUCACGAUCACCCUGAUGUUGCUACCAUGUUGAACAUUCUGGCUCUAGUAUAUAGGGACCAGGGCAAAUAUAAAGAAGCAGGAAAUCUAUUACACGAUGCUUUAGGCAUACGUUGUCAAACUCUGGGAGCUGACCACCCCGCAGUGGCAGCCACUCUGAACAAUCUAGCUGUCCUCUAUGGGAAGAGAGGCAAGUACAAAGAGGCCGAGCCACUAUGUAAGCGUGCUUUGGAAAUUAGGGAAAAGGUAUUAGGAAAAGAUCAUCCAGAUGUAGCCAAACAAUUGAACAACCUAGCUUUACUUUGCCAGAACCAAGGCAAAUAUGAGGAGGUGGAGCAGUACUAUCAACGUGCUUUAGUCAUUUACGAGGCAAAGCUUGGACCCGAUGACCCAAAUGUCGCUAAAACUAAGAAUAAUCUGGCUAGUGCUUACUUGAAACAAGGCAAGUACAAACAGGCAGAAAUAUUAUACAAAGAAGUUCUAACACGUGCACACGAAAAGGAGUUUGGAAAAGCUCACCCUGACAGUAAGCCUAUCUGGGUACAUGCAGAGGAGCGUGAAGAAAACAAGGGAAAAAAUAAAGAUAACACACCAUAUGGAGACUAUGGAGGCUGGCACAAGGCUGCUAAAGUAGACAGCCCAACUGUUAACACCACAUUAAAGAAUCUAGGCGCCCUCUAUAGACGUCAAGGCAAAUAUGAGGCUGCGGAAACUUUAGAGGAAUGUGCAUCUAGGGGCCGGAAAAAUGUGAGUGCUUUGGAAGCUGUCCGGCAGACAAAAAUUGCCGAAGUUUUAGGCGGUGAAGCAAAGGACCACCAACCCCAAAAUAGGCGGCGCUCAAGUAGUCGAGAACGUCGACGUGAAUCCAUUGAAAAUGUAAAUGUCUCAUACGAAAAGGGAAAUAAUGAAGAAACUGGGAAAUUGAAACGAAGUGGCUCAUUCUCAAAAUUGCGAGCUUCUAUCCGACGAAGCAGUGCAAAACUCGUCCAGAAACUAAAAGGAAAAGGCACUGAAAAUGAAUGCAAUGGAGGAAGCAUGAAAAGGGCAAGCUCACUGUCAGUCCUGAACUCAAACAAUAAAGAAAACAGCAGACAAGAUGAAAAAUAUAGUGAAAAUAGAAGAUCAACGAGCGAUUUAUCAUUUAAAAGUGAAUUAUCUAUACGAGGGAGAAGUGGUAGUUCUGACCAAUUGGCAAAGAGGACAUUCUAGCGGAAGAACUGUCAAAACAAUGUAAUCUGUAAAUAUCGUGCUUCAAGUCAUAUUGUCACGCUGUAGCAGAUUUAACCAGGUCUCCUUAGAUUAAUAAUUACCACAUGUAGUAGUAUUUAUUAUAAUAAUUGUAGAUUUUUAUUAUUUUUAUUUUGGACCUUAACUGUUACUAAUAGGUAAGGGUGCCAAUUAUGGAAUUGUAAAUAUAGCAUAGAAAUGUAUGGGUUUUUAAUAAUAUGAAGCACAUAGAACUUUAUUAAUCCAAUGGGACCUGGUUUUAUAUCAAAAUAAUAACUGCCAAAUGUGUGCAUAUCUUUUGGUGUUAACGGACAUUUAUCCAAAAUUAUAUAUGGCCGUAUAUGGCAGUAUAUUUUAAACCUAGCUAAUAUUUCACAUGCUUAUUCCAACUACUGCCUGAAAUUUUGUGCACAAAAUGAAUUCUGUAAAUAAUGUUUUGCGCACUUUUUGAAAAUUGGGAGAUAAAAGUGUAUUUGAAAUAUUCCCUAGGUUAAUUCCUACACUGUUCACUUUCAAACCAUCUGUAAAAACCAGACAUUAACCCUUUCCCUCCCUGUACAUAGUAAUUCGAUGAUUGGGAUGGAAAGGGUUAAAAUAAAAAAAAUCAGAAAAAUGCAUUGAAUGUAUUAUUAUAGUGCAAUAUAUUAUAACCUGAGUGUAUAUAAAUCCAGUGUUCGUUCAUGCAUGCUUUAUCAAUGUGAAAUUAUUUUUAAAAAAACCUCCAAAUAUUUUUCCUAAUGGAUAUGAUUGCCCCGAAGAAACGUGCAAAGUAAUUUCCCCAAAUUAUUGCAAAUAGACAAGAGUUUCUUUACAGAAGUUGAGUAGAAGUACACAAAUGCUUUUUAAAGGCUGUUUUACCUCCCAAAGUUUCCAGAGCCAUUUUGAAAAUAUUUGGAGGAGAGUAAGAUAUGAACUUGGUCUUUGCAGUAAGUCGCAUAUUUACAUUCCAUGGUGUUUGAUCUUUAUGUGAUUAUUAUUCCCAGAAAUAAAAUGUUAUUGGGUCAUGCUUUUAUGCAAAAAUACGUGCAAAUAUGUGGAAUAAUCAAGACAUUGAUUUCCAUGUAUUUUUGUAAAGUGCAUUCUAAAUUGUAAUAGAAAGGAUUAGCGAAGUCCAAAUGCCCGAGUAUGUUUAAAACAUGACCAAAUUUACAUCUUAAAGAUGGGUUUUGACCAAGUUUUACAUUUCGCUAAUUGUAUAAUUUGUUAUUACCAUUUUUGCCUGGUUUUUACAGAUGUUUGCGCCACCAAAUGUGUUCACUGUCUUAGAAGUAUUAAACCAAAAUCAAAUUCAUUUUUGAGCUUAACCCUCCAUGGACCAUUUUUGAAAAUAUAUUGAUAACAUCAUAGAGAAAUAGCUCAGUGUGUGCAAUAGAAUGGACUUCAUAGAAGUUGGAGCUGUUUGAAGUUAAGGUAAGGUGAUCCUUAUCAUAAUGGCAAUGGUGAUGGAGGGUUAAAGCAAUUAUACAUGAAAGAGUUAAACUGCCACAUUAUAAUUUCUUUCAUGUAAAAUGAUUUUUGAAGCAUGAAAAAAAGAUGAAGAUUUAGAUUUUGAAAGGUGAAAUUGUUUUCAUUGAAACAAUGUUUGAAAUGUUACUUCUAAUGAAAGUGUGAAACAGGAGAGAUGAUCUGCAUUGAUAAUGUAUUGAGAUAUAUCAUAUCAAAUAAAUUAAACCUCACAUCUCUGCUAUAGAAGGCAUCAAAGUAUUCGCCUGAUCACAAAGUUAAUUUUCACUUACAGACUUAACAACCCCACUUAACCACACACAAAAAACAAGCUGGAAUUUUUGAUAAUAAUUGUGACUGACCUUCUCCCCAAAUUGAAGCGAGGAAGUGUAUCAGUGUUUUGGUCUUUGUUAAUGAAGCACUGAAUUGACCAUUUGAUCUUGUUAAACCAAAGCUCAACAUCCUGUUAUAAAAUGGCCUCCAAUUUCCAUUUCGGGAGGCCAUUUAUUUCGAAAUUACACUUUCAUUAGAGAUUAUCAUGAUAGAGAUUGUAAUGUGGAGAAAUGACAGGAAAACAAAUUUGAAAAACAAAUACAGUGUGACAUCUAAUGUUUGGAACUAGCUCCUCUCUAGCUGACUUCAUGUUUAGGCCCAUGGGCUUAUAAGCAGUCAAACUCUGAAUAUUUACAUGGGCUUGUAAUUGGAAAUGUAGGACAAUUUGGUGUAAAAUUUUUAGGCGAAUUCAGUGAUUGUACAUUUAAGUGGAAUAAUUUGAAAGCUGGUCUUAAUCGUAUGAUAAACUAUGUACUGUAUAUAACUAGUUGUGAAGAGAAUUUAGGACAUGGCUUUAUAUUGUAUAUUGUACUUGCCUAUUUAAUACAUACAUGUUCCAUAUAUAGAUUUCUCUUUCAAAUGCACAGUUGGCAAUAUGUCGAUAUUGCCAGGGUGGCAUUUAUUGUUUUAUUUAAUUUUUUAAAUUGUUGAGUUGUACAUUAUAAAAUUGGGAGAUUCUUUUUCAAUAUUUGGAGAUACGUUUGUUUUAAAUAUUUCGAAAAUAUGUUAUGCUGAAACUGCGUUCAGUUUCAAGAUUAUUUAGGUGCUGUUUUAUAAUUCAAAUAAUCCCAUGUAUCCUCUCAACACUGUAAUUUGUCUUUUGGAAAUGUACUUGUGCACUGUGAUUAUACUGUGCAAUGUAUGUGUGCAGUGCGAUUGUACUGUGCAAUGUGCUUGUGCAGUGUGAUUGUACUGUGCAAUAUGCUUGUGCAGUGUAAUUUUACUGUGCAAUGUGCUUGUGCAGUG